AUGAGUAGGAAAACAAAAAAAGUCCAACCAGACUGGUUACAAUACGAACAAGAAAAUGACUCUAUUGAUACUAGGUACGAGACAGACAGUAAUAGUGAUAGUGAAGCAUUGAACAAUUCUCAGGAGGAGCUCAGCGUAUCAGAAUAUUCUGAUAGCGAGGUUGAAAAUGAAUCAUCUGAUUAUUAUUCAGAUGACUACAACAACAACAACAAUAACAAUAGUAGUAGUAGUAGUAAAAAUGAUUGUAAUGAAGAUGGAGAUGAUGGAGAAACUCUACUAGGGAAAGAUAAAAAAACUGUGUGGUCUACUAAUGCUCCAAAUAAAAAAAAGAAAACUGCCAAACAUAAUAUAGUGCUUCGCCUGUCCAAUGUAAAAAAAAUCGCGCAGUCAACGACCACUCCAUUGGAUUGCUGGAAAUUAUUUUUUCCAGAAGAUUGUGUGCAAGAAAUAGUUAAGUUUACAAAUAUACAUUUAGAGAAGAUAAGACCUAACUAUCAAGAUAUUUCAGCUGUUCGUCCGACUACUGUUGAAGAAAUGCAUGCUUUUAUUGGCUUACUGUAUCUUCUCGGACUGUAUAAAGUAUCACAUUUAAAUUUAAGAGAAUUCUGGACAUCAGAUGGUACUUCGCCGGAUUGUAUCAAAGCUGUUAUGACCACCCGGUCGCUUGAACAACCAAAUUCAUCAUUUCAUUUGGUGAAACGACUAAUAACACCGAUAUCUGGGACUGGUAGACACGUAACCUGUGAUAACUUUUUCACGUCUAUCCCAUUGGCUGAGGAUCUAUUGAAAACUCACAAAACAACGCUCGUUGGAACAAUUCGAAAAAAUAAAAGAGAACUUCCACCUGAAAUCGUGAAUGUAAAAAAAAGAAAUCUCUGUAGUAGCAAGUUUAUUUUUAAAGACGAUUGCACGGUUGUGUCAUAUGUUCCAAAAAAAAAUAAAAAUGUCAUCUUGUUAUCAACGCUUCAUCAAUCGGAUACAAUUGAUGACGAUUCAGGUUCUAAAUUAAAACCUGAGAUAUUAACAUUUUAUAAUAUGACCAAAGGAGGUGUUGACGUUGUCGAUGAAUUAAAAGGUAGCUAUUCUGUAGCACGUGAAACAAACAGGUGGCCUAUGGUGAUUUUCUUUUCAUUUUUAAAUAUUGCUGGAAUAAAUGCUCAAAUAAUUUGGUCGCAAAAUACUAAAGAAAAAAUAGAACGUCGUAAGUUUAUAAGAAAAUUGAGUGUACAGCUGAUUCAACCACAUCUUAUUACUCGGAGCAAAGUACCUACUCUUUCAGCAGAAUUAAAAAACACCAUCCUCAAGGUGGGCAACAUACCGAUGCAAGCUGUUGAAACUAAUUCAACAAAACAAGUGUGCCGAUUUUGUCCACGUCAAAAAAACAGUUACUCUAAAAAAUCUUGCUCUAUUUGUGGGUUAACUAUUUGCCCGAAACAUGCUACUCUUAUGUGUCCGCAAUGUCAGGAAAUCUUGACUGAAACUGAUGGUGACUGAUGAGUUUUGAUAAUAACUAUAUGAUAUACAUUAUCUAUUGUUCUGAACUUUUUAAAAAUGUUAACUAUUUUUAUAAUUAUU